AGAUAUAGUGAGCAUGCCUUGUAUUUUUUGGGGUAAUGCCUCAAUUGUCCAUCCGCUAUGGCUGAUAUCUUGGGUGACGAUUUCGGUUGGCAAUGUGUUUUUUCUUCUUCAGGUUGACAGUGCGAGUCAGAGCAGAUGAUUCUGCGACGAAGCCUUCUCUUACGAUUGAGGACCAAGGGAUGUUAUCUCCAACCAACUCGACUAUUUUCGAUCGGCAAGUUAGAGAUGCAGGGCUUGAGCUGUUUGAAAUGGACCCGUUGGUGGAUGUGCUGGUCCUCAAGAAAAUGGCGAACCAACGAGAUGCUCCUGAAAGCCCAAGGGAAGGAGAUGAUGUUGGCCUUACAUCAGUUAGAAUAAAGAAGGGAGCAAAGCUUGGGACUUUGAUGGGUGUAUUCAUUCCAUGUUUACAGAACAUCCUUGGAAUUAUCUUCUACAUUCGAAUGUCAUGGAUCAUCGGCAUGGCUGGCGUGGGGCAGAGUCUUGGGCUUAUUGCCCUUUGUUGCUCGUGCACGUUUUUGACUGGCUUGUCACUUAGCGCCAUUGCUACGAAUGGAGCAAUGAAGGGGGGUGGUCCUUAUUUCCUUAUAGGCCGUGCUCUGGGUCCUGAAGUUGGUGUUAGCAUAGGGCUAUGCUUCUUCUUCGGCAAUGCAGUUGCUGCUUCCAUGUAUAUUCUUGGUGCUGUGGAAACAAUUCUGAACGCUAUCCCAGACAUGGCGUUGUUUGGAGCAACCACGACGCAGGUUGACACCAAUCUGACAAUGCCGGAUGCGGUCCACAACAUCACGUCGCACGUGAAAUCGCCAAACCUCCAUGAUCUGCAGGUUUAUGGGAUUAUCAUCACCAUCCUGCUUUGCCUUAUAGUUUUCGGUGGAGUGAAGAUUUUGGCCAGUGUUGGACCGCUGUUCCUGAUUCCAGUUCUUCUUUCCGUGGUAUUAAUCUUCAUUGGAAUGUUUGUGUCUCCUCGUGAUGGCCAGCCAGAUGAUGUGACUGGUAUCAGAUGGAGCACCUUUGUGGAAAAUUGGGACCCUGCUUAUCAGAGGACCAACAGUAACGGUAUCCCUGCACGGGAUGGCAUCAUGAACUGGGCCUUCCGGGAUUUGGUUGGGCUGUUUUUCCCCGCAGUCACAGGUAUCAUGGCCGGCUCGAACCGAUCAGCAUCUCUGAAAGAUACCCAGAGAUCGAUCCCUGUUGGCACACUGGGUGCCAUCACAUCAACUACUUUUAUGUACUUCUUCGCGACAUUCAUGUUUGGUGCCGUGGCGACUCGUCAUCGGCUUCUGACAGACCGGUAAGGCUACCGUCUUCCCCUGAACACAACGCACCCCCAUUAUGAACGU